AUGGCGCUCAUAACAGAGAUUCUGACAACUGUCCACCAGUACAUGGAUACUUUCCCCUUCCUUGUGGCAGCCUGUGUCUGCCUGAUGACAUACUGGUACCUGCAGACCCCCCGGAACCUCCCGCCCGGACCCUGGGCCUGGCCCGUCCUGGGGAACAUCCCGCUGUUCAUGACGUCAAAGAUCGACUUCUUUCCCGACACCAUCACCGACCUGGCCCGGCAGUACGGUGACGUCAUGACGUUCUGGAACGCACGUGACCUGAAUGUCGUCAUCAGCGGGUACCGGACGAUCCGGACCGUCCUGGUGAAGAGGGCCGAGGACUUCUCCAGCCGGAAGGCUCCUCCUGUACUGGUGGAUCUGCGCGGGGAUGGGACGGCAAGAGACACCACGAAAGGUAUAGUUUUCGCCGAUUUUGGCUCCGACUGGAAGAAUCAGCGAAAGUUCGCGAUGAAGACCCUCCGGGACUUCGGCGUCGGCAAGCGGAGCCUGGAGGGGAAGAUUUGUGAGGAGGCCGCUGCUCUUAGUCAGGAACUUGUGGCGAAAGACGGAGAGCCGUUCAACAUUAAACAUCUGUUACAAAACACUGUUUCUAACAUCAUCUGCUCCAUCGUGUUCGGGAAGCGGUUCGAAUAUGGCGACCCCGAGUUUCUGCGGCUCAGUCAUCUCAUAAGCGAGGUGAUAGAUGCUACACCCGGCAAGGACAUUCUCAUCAACAUCCAUCCCGUGUUCCGACACCUUCCCUUCGGGUCGCAGGAACAUCAAAAGUUAGCGAGGAACUUUCCAAAACUCCAAGCCUUUUGUGGGGAACAGAUCAAGAAGCACAGGGCGACUUUUGACCCUAACGACAUCCGGGACUUCAUCGAUGCCUUCCUACUGGAACAGCAGCACGCCGGGAGAGAGCAUGCGCAGUACAGCUUCACAGACGAGCAACUGCAGGAGCUGGUGCUGGAUCUGUUCAUGGCUGGUGCCGAGACCACCGCCACGUCCUUGCACUGGGCCCUGCUGUACAUGCUGCUGUAUCCAGGAAUACAGGAAAAGGUUCAAGGAGAGAUCGACUCUGUUCUGGGACAGGCUGUUCCGUCCUACCCCCUUCGGGACAAGAUGCCCUACACAACAGCGACCCUAGCGGAAGUACAGCGCAUCAACACUGUUGCACCCUUCAGCGUCCCCCACUCUUUAUCAACGGGUGCCUCUCUCAACGGUUACACCAUCCCAGCAGGCGCUAACAUCUUGGUGAACCUGUGGUCCGUGCACAUGGACCCUCAGCUGUUCCCGGAGCCGGGCAAGUUCAACCCCGACAGGUUCCUGGAUCAGGACGGGAACUUCGUCAAACACGAGGCGCUCAUCCCGUUCUCUGUCGGUCCUCGAGUGUGUCUUGGCGAACAGCUGGCCAGGAUGGAGAUUUUCCUGCUCUUUGUUUCCCUGCUGCAGCGAUUCACAUUCAAGCCACCAGAGGGCGUCACUAACUUGUCCACGGUCGGGACUAUGACGGGCAUAGUGAACGCCCCUCGUCCUUACGACCUGUGCGCCUUUCUACGACAGUAGCAGGCUACAGCCUAAAGAUUAAUAGAUGUAAUUCUCCGAAUUCGUUCAUUAUUGUUGAGUAGUAAUGUCUGCAAACUCACGUAUAUCUAAUGCUUAUUGAUGUAUUGAUAAUCAGAAAUAAAGUUAAUAAGCUUGUUAGUUUAAUACUGACAAA